AUGCCAAAUCAAGUCUUGAUUGCGGCCACUAAAGAACCAACACCAAAGAAGUCUCAUGCCGAUCAUUCCAUUACUUUUGAUGAUUCUGACUUAGAGGGAUUAAAUACCCCUCAUCAAGACCCACUCGUAAUAAGUGCAAGGAUCGGCGACCCAUGCUACAAAGUCAAAAGGAUCUUGAUUGACAACGGAAGUUCUGUAUAUGUUCUAUUCUACUCCAUAUUUCUCAACAUGGGCCUCACUCGAAAGAAGCUCCAACCCGCUGUAGGUCCACUAUAUGGAUUUGAUAAUCGGCCUAUACGAGUAGAAGGUAAGAUAAACCUUCCCGUUGUGCUGGGAGAAUUCCCCCAACAAGCCACACACUCCAUCCAGUUUAUUGUCGUGAAGUCAGAAUCAGCAUACAAUGCUAUCUUUAGAAGGCCAUUACAGUCAAUCUUCAGCAUCGUUGCUUCGAUCCCACAUUUCAAGCUAAAAUUUCUCACCCAAUCAGGAACUGGCAUAUGGGGGAUUGACAUAUUAGGACCCUUUCCUAUAGCCACGGGAAAGCGAAAGUUCAUCAUCUUGGCUGUGGACUAUUUCACAAAGUGGGUAGAAGCAGAACCUCUAGUGAAGAUCACUGAAGCAAAUUCCAAACAAUUCCUAUGGAAGAAUAUAAUAUGUCGCUUUGGCAAUCCAGCGAAAGUUGUCACCGAUAAUGGAACACAGUUCACCGGAAGGGUCUUUACCAUAUUUUGUAAAGAUCUCCACAUUCAACUAGUGCACACGGCCGUAGCCCAUCCUCAGACUAAUGGACAAACAGAGGUCACUAAUCAAACCAUUCUGAGAGGAUUGAAGACACGGCUGGAUAAGGCUGGGGGGCAAUGGGCUGACGAACUCCCAAAUGUCCUUUGGGCCUAUUGUACUACGGCAAGGACUCCAACAGGAGAAACACCAUAUAACCUCUGCUUUGGCAUGGAGGCUAUCAUUUUCGUCGACAUUGGAGUCCCAAGUCAUAGAGUCCAAACUUUUGACUUCAACGCCAAUGAUGGAAAGCUCAGACAUAACCUAGACCUCCAUCCAUAA